AACUGUUACGCAGAUACAGUUUCCUCUUAUUUUCGAUUUCAAGUGCGUGGGUAAAAUGGCGUUCAAUGUUGACGGAAACUACUCGAGAACAAGAGAACAAGAGAAACUAGGCCGCCACAGUCCAGACUAUGAUCGUCCCAACAUGAGUGAUCUGAGGAUUGUUCUGCUGGGGAAGAGCUCAUCAGAAAACGUCAUAGUGAUGAAGUCUAUUCUGGGAGUAGAUCUGAGACAAAGUGAAGGUCCUUCAGAGUAUUUACAGUAUAACAGUCUGAGAGUCGGUGGACCAGUGGAGAACAGGCACAUCACAGUCAUCAACAGUGUCAAUUUGCUCCAGCCGGACCUCUCGUGCUCUCAGAUCACAGAUCGAGUGAAAGAGUGUGUCAGUCUGUGUGUUCCAGGACCUCAUGCGUUCAUACUCGUACUGCAGCAUCACAACUUCAGUGUACAGGACUGGAACAGAGUCAAACAUGUGCUGAAAGAAUUCAGUGAAGACGCCAUGAAACACACAAUAGUUAUGACUACUGCUGAAGAAACAGACGGCUUCCUGGGCACAUUUGAGAGAAUGAAUGAAUGUAUUACUGAUGUAAUGAAGGAGUGUGGAGGUGGACAUCUUCAGUUUGAUAAAGAACAACCAGAAUGGCGCUCUGAGAUGUUCAGAACAAUAGAUGAGAUACAGAAGAAAGAACCUGACGAAUAUCUCAAAUGUGAGAUCUUUGUGGAUGCAGAAGGAUCAUCUGUUGACCCUGUAGGGGAGGAUCAAGAAAGACUUAAAAAGGGAAAUUAUACAGCUUUAGUGAGGGCAAAAUCAAAGCUGAAUGUGGUGUUGUGUGGAGCUGAUACUUCACUGAAAGUCUUCAUGUCCAAACUUCUGAGAGGAAAAUUAAAUAAACCUUUCGAUCAGAGAGAAGUCUUCUCUUCAGUGUGUGAGAAGAAAGAAGUGAAGAUACAUGGACGUCAGAUCUGUGUUGUUAAUCUUCCAGCUCUGACUGGACUCUCAGAUGAAGAGAUGAUGUGUCAGACUCUCAAGUGUGUGUCUCUCUGUGGUUCUGGAGCUCAUGUGUUUCUCAUCAUCAUUCCUGUUGGUCCACUGACUGAUGAAGAUAAAGAAGAAAUAGAAAAGAUCCAGAAGAUAUUUUUCUUUAAACAUUUCCUGAUGAUUUUCACAACAGAGUUUCCUGUUGACAGAAAUGUGACACAUUUCAUAGAAUCAUACUAUCAGACAUUGAUCCGUCUCUGUGAAGGACGAUACAGAGUCAUGGGGUUAAAAGAGCAUAAAAAAUUUGAACAAGUAUCAAUAGAUCUUCUGGAGUAUAUAGAGAACAUGGAGACGAAACCAUAUUCACUUCAGAUGUUUGUCAGAGCUCAAGAGAUGAGAGGGAGACAUGAAACUGAGGAGAAAUAUGAAGAGAAACUAAGAGACAUGACGAGUGAAAUCAAAGAGUUGCAGUUAAAGAUCAAUUUAUUUGGUGCUGAAGGUGCACAGGAGCAUCAGGAGGGUUUGCGAAUUGUGCUGAUUGGAAGGACAGGACAUGGAAAGAGUGCAACAGGAAACACAAUUCUGGGAGAAAUUAAGUUUGAAAGCAUGCCAGCGGCAGAUUCACUGACAAGUGUUUGUGAGAAAGGAGUUUGUGAAGUUGAUGGUGUAUCAGUAUCUGUUGUUGAUACUCCAGGACUGUUUGACACAAAACUGACAAACGAAGAAGUGAUAGAUGAAAUAUUGAAAUGUGUGUCACUGUCAUCACCUGGACCUCAUGUGUUCAUCAUUGUGUUGAGUGUUGGAAGAUUCACUAAAGAAGAGUCAGACACUAUAGAUCUGAUAAAGAUGUUCUUUGGUCCUAAAGUUGCACAGUUCAGUAUUGUUCUGUUCACUAGAGGAGAUGAUCUUAAGGGUCAGUCCAUAGAAGAUUAUGUGAAGAAAUGUAACAACAAAGACCACAAAAAGCUUCUGCGAGACUGUGGAAACAGAUUCCUGACGUUUAAUAACAAUGAAACACAAGACAGAAGUCAAGUGACUCGACUGAUAAACAUGAUAAGAGAGAUGAAAACAACAAAUCACGGUCGAUAUUUCACUAACAGCAUGUUUGAAGAGGCAGAGAUGAGCAUUAAAAAGAAAAUGGAUGAAAUACUGAAAGAGAAAGAGAGAGAAAUUCAGACUCAGAAUAAGGAAUUAAACUCUAAACAUGAGAGAGAGAAACAGAGCAUGAUGAAGAAAUUAGAAGAAGAGAAGAGAAGAGCAGAAGAGAAAAGAAUGCAUAUGGAGAAAAACUUCAGAGAGAAAGAAGAAAAUCUGAGAAAAGAGUUUGAGGAGAAAGAGAAAACAGAACGGCUGGAACAGGAGAAAGAAAAAAAGAAACAAAUAGAGGAAGAAAAAAAACUAAGAGCUGAGCAUCUUCAGAAGAUAGAAGAGAUGAAGAGUGAGACUGAACAUCAGAGAUCACUUUAUAUAAAGAGAGAGAAAGAGAGAGAAGAGGAGUAUAGAAAGAGAGAAGAGAAAUACAGACAAGAUCAAGAGAAGAUGAAAAAUGAACAAGAACAGAUAAUAACACAAUUACAAAAUAGACAAGAAGACGAGAUUAGAAAGAGAGAAUCUGAGGAGAAAAAGAGACGUGAAGAAGAAGAGAGAGAGAGACAAGACUGGAGGAGAAAAAGAAAAGAAGCUGAAAAUGACAGAAAAGAGACUCAAGAUGAAAUUAAACGACAACAGAGAGAAUGGGAGGAAGACAAGAAACAACAGAUGAGAGAACGAAAGGAAGAUGAGAGGAAGAGAAAAGAGAGACAUGAAGAACAACUGAGAGAUAAACAAGAUGAAGUGGAGAAAACCAAACAGACAUUUGAGAAAGAGAGAAGGCAGAGAGUUGAAGAGAGAGAGAAACUGAGACAAGAGAAAGAAGAGAAAGAGAGGGAAUACGAAGAGAAGAAAACUGAAAUGAUGAAACAUUACGAGCAGCUGGAGAGAGAGAGAAAAGAGAAGUGGGAGAGAAAACAACGAGAAGAUGUUGAGAGAAGAGAAGAAGAGAGAAAGAGAUGGGAGAAAAUAAAUAAUGAUAUUAAAAGAGAACAAGAAGAAGAGUGCAAGAGAAGAGAAACACAAGAGAGAAAGAGAAAAGAAAGAGAAGAGGAAGAGCAAGAAAAAAAGAACGAAGAACAUGAGCGGAGAAUAAAAGAGAUGAAGAAAAAACAUGAAGAUGAAGCCAGAAAACAAGCAGAAGUGUUUAAUGAGUUCAGAGAGAGAAAAGAACAACAUGUUGAAGAACUGAGACAGAUGCUGGAAGAACGUCAGAAACAACACGAGUUGCUGGAAAAACUCUAUCAACACUUUAAACAACAGAAAGGAGAAGAAAUAAAAGAGUUACAAAAAGAAAUUGAAGAACUGAGACACAAGUCAAACUGUGUCAUUCUGUGAAACUUUCAGAUAUCAUAAUACUACCAAAGGAGAAAUUAGAGAUAAGUAAUGAUAAUCACUCCUACGAAUAGCAAUUUUCUCUUCAGUCAGUUAUUGGGUAAUUAUCUGGACAGGUCAUGUGUAUAACAUGAAGGGUCCGUGUACGUUUUAUUCAUUUGAUAUCCUAUUUGAAAUAAAUGAUUGGAAACUGAAAGAUGACGAAAAAUUACAUUUCGGCCCGAUUUUUCGUUUACCGUUUAAAAAAUUGAAUUUGGACUCAAUAUGGGAUUCGUAUGUGGCCACCUUUCACCCGAUUGGUCAAAUCGCACCAUUCUGUACGGAUUUGAUUCUACCCAGCAGAUUAAGAGUCUGUACGAGUGCGAUACUGACAAGUGUUUGCACUUUAAAAUAUGUUUCCUUGAACAACCAGACAGCCUCGCAUAUCUUAGACCCGCUCAGCUAAGAGAUCACUGGACUUUCUCUUGUUUUAGUCAUUGUGCUGUUUUUUUUUUAUAAAUCAGAAAUGACCAGGAGGCAUUAAGGUUAAGUUCAAAGUCUACUCCUGAUGCAAGUUGAGCUAAUUUUCACUUAUUUUAAUGUUUAUUGUUAUACAUUUUUUGGAUGAAUAGGCUCUAUAUCACGUUAAUGAUACGCUGUUUUUACACCACAUUUGUUUCCACAAGGGUUUCUCCACCAAGUACAAAGUUAUGUUUUGCUCAGGGAUCAAAUUCUUAUUUCACUGACUGAAAUCAAUUAAUAACCUUUAUAUAACAUUUUUCCCUGAUUUGUUGUUGUUGAUAUUCUGUCUCUAUCAGUUUAAAUAAAUCUACCAUACAAAUGA